AUGUCGAGCAUUACCAAUAAUGGAAAGGAAGCUCCGCAGCGGGCAGAUGUCGAGUACCAAGUCGGGUACCUAAAGUGUUACCAAUGUCAAUCCCGAAGACGGGUUGCCUACCCUGCUACUUGCAGAUCAAACGUACUAGAAGCCUGGGAAAGGUUCGGGUGUUGGCACGUCGGUUGUGUCUGUAAUCAGGUACAGCCAAAACGCAACGUGGUGUUUACUGACAGGACGCGCGAGAAAAUUCGAACAUUGUUCCAGGAAGCUAUACCGGCAGACUUUGCCCAACGAUUAGAAGCAUCAGCUACACGGACGAUUUUGGUUACAAGUGGGAAAGAAAUUGCCGCACGCGCAAACAUGGUUUGGGACCCAGCACGAAGUGACCACAUUGACGAAUGUCCCUUCCAUGCGACACAACAUUGGCGAUCCAAGAAUUAUAACGCUGAGAAGCGAGCCGCCCGUGCGCGGAACAACAGCGCUUCGUAUGCUUGGUGGUCAGGGUUGCCUAUUGCGCAGCGAAAAGAAUUUAAAGUAUAUGAUAUCGAAAGGGACGGCACAGAGUUGGGAGAUGUUAGCCGUAACCCUUGCUCGCAAGGCGCAUCAGCGAGUAGUUCUAGUUACCGCGAAGACCCACCGACCUCAUCAGGGUUAGGGUAUUUGGAUUAUCCCGCGCCGGCGUGGGACGAGAUCUUUACCGCGCAAUCUGACGUAGAGGUGGACGACGAGUCAGAUCAUGACGAUUUAGCCCCCGGCGGCAGAGAGUGGAGAGUCGAGAAAGUCGUACGGGUACGAAACCGGGCUCGCCCUCGUGAGGCAAUGGAGCAACGGGCGCUGCAAAAGCUAGUAGACGCUGGCAAAAAGAUCAAGAAUGUAACUGCAUGGCGGGCAUUGCGGAAUGCAGGAGCACUAUCUGAAAGCAUGGGCACCCACAGCCAUGCGGACGAUGUUGGUCGCCGCGCCCUGAGUAGAAUCAUGCGGUCGUGGGUCGCUGUACAUACGGGACUGAAUAUUAAGCGAAAGCUGUACGCGCUAUCGCAGCGGAACGCGAAGUUCAGCGGUGCGGAGCAGGACCCAGUCCACCGCUUUGAGAACGUUUUACGGACAUGGCAGAAUUGGCGAUUGGCCAAAGAGGAGGCCCGAAGAAAUUACUCGCGGGUGUACAACAGGACUCCGAUCCGUGAAACAGAUUACAUGGACAUAGUGAACGUUGACGAAGUAGGAGUCUCAGUUAUAUACGGCGAGAGUGGGGGGUAUGAGUUCCAGCCCCGCGUUGGAGAUGGGCAACCAGAUAGCGCGCAUCGCAAGUCACAGUUUCGAGCGCAGCGAAGAUGUCAAACGACUAUGUCGGCAAUGGUCUGGAUGUGCAGCGAUCCGGUAUUACGACUCCCCGACCCUGCGGUCGUCGCUGGCCAUAAAUACCUUGGUCCACAAAGCGAUAGAGCGAAGCAACGGAAGCGGAACGUGGAAAAAGCUUUGGAAAUCUGGGGUCGUUUGCACGUUGCAUCUGAUAAGGAUAGUAUGAUCGGGCGAGUAUCGAAAGAACUAUUCUGGGACGAGAUGCUGAAAUUUGGUAAACACAAACAAACUACACGAUGCAAAAACCGGGCGACCCUGUUGCUGCUAGACGAUUCCCCAUCUCACAAGCUGGACGAGUCUAAACGCGCACACCUACGUGGAGAGUACAUGAUCUACAUUGUUGAGAUCUGUGGCGGAGUAACGGGGCUAAUGCAGCCCGUGGAUUGUCAAGACGCAGCGAGAAUUAUCAAAAAGAUCGGGCAUCAUUUUUCGAUGCGGCAUUUAGUUAUGGCGGUCACGCUGCACACAUAGAUAUAGUAACCCAAUAACCAACAUUAGACAUGAACUUUGCGCUAAGGUCAACGCGAUUGUCGAAUGCCCAGAGUUUUGGGCAGCACUUCGGUACCGUGAAGCCGGCUGGUGGCAUAAGGCUGAGAACUUUUACUGUUGCGGCUUCCGUCUAGAUGAGGAUGGGCCCGGUGCCGUGCGGCACUCUUUGCACAGCUUCAUGUGCGAGGUGCAGGAAUCGAAUCCUACGAAGUGCGAGGAGAUUGAGCGUGAAGUUGGCAUGACAAUGCUCGUUGCGCCCAAGCGCAAGCAAGGCGAUGGAAUCGAGCUAGUAAAUACAUAA